GAGAGGAGCAUACACGGUCACACCUGAGAGAUUCUUCCUAAAACAUUAUAAAAAAAACCCCGACGUUUAAAAUAAUGUAAGUGGGUAAAACUGAUCCGAUAAAGUCUUGGUAGGACAGCGCCAGGAAAAACCGUUCAGCUAAUUCCAACCGCUAGCUAAAAGCUAACUUCAACCGCUCCUCCUGUAGCUCAGCUGCUUGAAGGCUAAAAGACGGUGGACCCCGCUUGAUUAUGAUUCGGAGGCACUACCCUCCACUAGCCGUGGUGACCCACGUGUUAAAUGACGACCGCGAAGACUUCGUGGUGAGGAGAGAAGUCACAGGGGCAGAUUUCAUGGUCCAUGGAGAGCAUGAUGACAGAACCGCUCCGUUUCGCAACCGUAAAGGCAGAGGCCACAAGGGCCGGUCCUUUGACAGAUCUGGGAGGAACCGUCACCGAGGAGGGUUUGGAGUCCCUGGACCACGGUCCAGGCUGCUUGAUGAUACAGAUGGAGACGUUACUAUGAGUGACAGCUCUCAAGACAGCAGCUCGCAGAACAGAUUCACCCCAUAUGGAAGACCAUCUCGAAAAGGAGAUGCACGGUUUGACAGAGACAGGCGGCAGGAUAAAGGAGGAAGAGGAGCACUAACAGGAGGUGGCGGCGGUUAUUACAGAGCAGGUUUAAGAAGCCAGUCAAGCUGGUACAAAGUCACGAUACCACAUGGAAAGAAAUAUGAAAAGAAAUGGUUGAUCACAGCUCUCCAGAACAUCUGUUCCAUUCAGUAUACACCUGUACAGUACCACGUCGACCACCAGAGGGCGCAUUUCUAUGUGGAAGAUUCGGCUGCUGCCCAAGCUUUGCGCAGAUGUUCUCACAAGAUUACAGAUUCAGACGGCUAUAAGGUGGAAGUACACGUCAACCCGAGUAAUCCGCCGUCCUCGCUGCAGUCAGACCUGAAGCCUGAACACAUAGAGCACCUGAAGCAAUGCAUGGCGAAACGUUUCGAUGGCUCCCAGCAGGCGCUCGACUUAAACAACAUUCGAACGGACCCAGAUUUGGUGUCUCAGAACAUUGAAGUCAUCCUGAAUAGAAAGACAAACAUGGAGGCUGUCAUUAAGAUCAUAGAAGAAAACAUUCCUGAGCUGACGUGUUUGAAUCUCAGUAACAACCGUAUUCACAAGCUGGACGAUCUAGCUGAUGUGGUCACCAAAGUGCCUAACCUGAAGGUGCUCAACCUUUCUCAAAAUGAGUUAAAGUCGGAGCGUGAGCUGGAUAAAAUGAAAGGCCUGAAGCUGGUGGAGCUGUGGCUGAGCAGGAACCCUCUGUGCAACCACUUUAAGGAUCAACCUUCGUACAUCAGUGCGGUGCGGCAGCGGUUCCCCCGGCUCCUCAAACUGGAUGGUAAUGACCUCCCUCCACCCAUUGGGUUUGAUGUCGAAACUCCGACUGCCAUCCCCCCCUGCAAGGGAAGCUGCUUUGGUUCAGACGAAAUCAAGGCUCUCAUCCUGCGGUUUUUGCAACAGUACUACAGUAUAUACGACUCGGGGAAUCGACAGCCCCUGCUGGAUGCGUACCAUGAUGGAGCUUCUUUAUCCAUCACAACACCUUAUACCACCCAGAACCCGUCCAGAAGCAGCCUGGGGGAGUACUACAAAGAUAGCAGAAACCUGAAGAGGGUCAAAGACUCCACGAUGAGGUUUAGGCUGCUGAAACACACGCGGCUGAACGUCGUGGCGUUCAUCAACGAGCUGCCAAAAACGCAACACGACAUUGCCUCCUUCACAGUGGAUGUAAACACCUACACCAAUACACUACUAUCAUUCACAGUGAGUGGAGUCUUCAAGGAAGUGGUUGUUGAUGGGAAGUCCAGAGAAUCUACCAUGGCCUUCUCCCGGGUCUUCAUCACAGUCCCAGCAGGAACUUCUGGUCUGUGCAUCGUGAAUGAUCAGCUUUUCAUCCGAAUGGCCACAACAGAGGAGAUCCGCCGAGCUUUCGUGGCUCCAGCCCCAACUCCCUCCUCCAGCCCCGUCCCAACCCUCACCGCACCACAGCAAGAGAUGCUCGCUGCUUUCUCGCUGAAGUCCGGCAUGAACCUGGAAUGGUCACAAAAGUGCCUUCUGGACAAUGAGUGGGAUUUCAACAGAGCAGCACAGAUUUUCACACAGUUGAAGGCGGAAGGCAAGAUCCCAGAUGUAGCCUUCCUAAAAUGAGAAGUUCCAGUAAAACCUCUGUGAAAUAAAAUCAGCUGUAAUUUUAUUUAAUGCCGUUGUUUUCUUUUAUUGGUUGCUUCUUAUAAAGAUUAAGUUUACUCGUUAACUAUUUUACCAGCUAAGUGGCAACUUUGAUGUGAGGACUGAUGACGCCGUUUUUGUUGUCAUUGUAACGUUACUUGAAAGUCAUUUGUAUAGACACUAGUCAAAAAUGUUCAUAGAAUAAAGAUAUACAGUCUGGAUUUAAAUUUGUUAAUCAGAAUUUUGUUGUACGUUAAACAAUAAAAUAUAUUUUGGCAA